AUGGGGUCACUGAUUUCCGAAGCCCAGGAAAUCCUGGGAGCACUUCGCGGAGAGAUUCUUCACGUCCCUGACCUGCGGGAAAUUUUCAAGGAUUGGCCGGUGGACGCAAACACCAACUACAAGGAAAUCAUACCUGUUGUCGAGAGCGCAUUCGAUAGAUUGGUCCGGAACCCGGGACUUCGAGAGAAAUACCGAAAGGCCAAUUACGCCAGAUUUGUGAGCCUAUAUUACCCACACCCAGACCAGAACCAAAUUCAUACUCUUGCGCUAUACAUAGUCUGGCUCUUCUGUUGGGACGAUGCCAUUGAUCAGCAGGGUAGCGACCUGAGUGCCAAUCUGGCGAGAGCAAAGACCCAUCGCAACGACACCAUCCGUGUACUCAACGAAGCCUUAGGUCUCAGCUCCCUUAGCACUAAUACUCACAAUAUCAUGUGCGAUCAUGUGAAUGCUGAGUUGAUUACAAUUGGAGCAGAGCUGUGCAAGGCAUACAAUUUUGAACAAAGGCAGACUUUCAUGCACCAGAUGCGCCGCUACAUUGAGAACUGUGAUAAAGAGCAAAGUCUUCGUCUGCGCGGUACUCUCCCCAGCAUGGAGGCCUACGAAGAGUUGCGCCAUGGAACGGCGGCAGUCUGGACCCUCUGCGCCCUCAUUGAGUACGGCCUGGGAGAGAGCUUCCCAGAGCAUAUUCGCUGCAUGAAUGAAAUGCAGACCCUCUGGGCAGAGACAAGCAGAGGUAUUUGGAUAACCAACGACAUCCUCUCCCUCAAGAAGGAGAUUCCUAAGGACGACAGAGCUGACGAGAGCAUCGUUAAUGCCGUCCCCAUUCUCAUGAUGGAGGAGGGAAAGUCGCCGCAGCAAGCGGUUGACGCCCUCCUAGCCGAUCUCGCCAUCUCUGUUGCCACCUUCGAAGGCGCUGCGAACACUCUUGCUGAGGCGGCGGGGGAGGGACGGCAGGCGGUGCUCAGGUACUGCGAUGCUUGCCGGUGCAUGGUCACCGGAAGCAUUCAGUUUACCUUUGAGUCCACGAGGUACAAGCUGGCGGGAUGCAUGAACGCGGACGGAUCGUUGGACAUUCCGCUGUAA